GGGCCCAGGGGGGCUGCGUGGCCCGGGCUCUGCUGGAAGAUGGGACCUUCAGGGUCCGGGCAGUGACACGGAGCCCCCUGAAGAAGGAGGCCAAGGAGCUGAAGUGUAGGGGAGCUGAGGUGGUGAAGGCGGAUCAGGACAAUGAGCCGUCGCUGGAGCUGGCCUUGGCAGGUGCUUACGGAGCCUUUGUUGUAACCAGCUUCUGGGAGCAUGGCAGCAAAGAGAAAGAAAUUGCACAGGGAAAGUGUCUUGCUGAUCUGUCGAAGCGCCUUGGUCUGCGCCACGUCGUGUACAGCGGCCUGGAGAAUGUGAAACAGCUGACAGGGGGCCAGCUGGAGGUGCUUCACUUUGACGGCAAAGGCGUGGUGGAGGAGUACUUCCAGAAAGUCGGUGUUCCCACCACAACCAUCCGGCUGCCCUUCUACUUUGAGAACUUCCUCUCCAUCUUCAAGCCACAGAAGGACCCUCAGGGAGACGCCUAUGUCCUGGCACUGCCCAUGGGGGACACCCCCAUGGAUGGGAUGGCAGUGGAGGACUUUGGGCCUGUUGUGGUUUGCCUGCUGAAGUCCCCGGAGCAAUACAUAGGCCAAGUGAUCGGGCUCAGUGCUGGCAAGCUCACCGAGGCAGAGUAUGCCGCUGUCCUCUCCCAGCAGACAGGCAAGACCGUGAGAGCCAGCAAGAUCUCACCGGAGGAGUAUGAGAAAAGUGGCUCUCCUGGGGCCAAGGAAAUGGCUGCAAUGUUCCGUUUCUAUGCCCUGAAGCCAGACCGCAACGUGGACCUGACCAUGAAACUCAACCCCAGGGCCCGCACCUUCCAGCAGUGGGUGGCGGACAACAAGGCCGCCUUCUGA